CACAACGAAAGGUUGUAUAUCUUUUCAAAUACAUUUUUACCCAUAUAUUAUUUUACAUCAAUGCAAUAUGUCUGGGAAACAUUUAGUACUUUUACUUGUGUUAGUAAAUUUUGAUAAACACGUGUUAUCAAAACCUACUGAGCAUGUGGAAUUAAGUCUAGAGACACCUAAAGAAAUAAUAAAUAGCACGAUUAUAAAAGUACCCAAUCGGUGGGAUCGUGGGAUGGAACUGUUAGGCCAAAUUAUGGACUCACUAAGAUUUGGCAGAGGGAGAUUAGUGAAUUUUUUGAUGAUGGCUAGAAACGAGAUUGCUGAGCGCGCGGAGGAAUUCACGAGCGAGGCGGCCAAUAAAUUGGUCGCACUUUUGGCGGCGCGAGACGCGCGGAAAAUAAUUCAAAAUAAGACUGAGAAACGCAAUGCCAUCAGUCCAAAAAUAGAAAUAAGUACGACUGUCAACACACCAAUAAAAAUAGGACUUUUGGACGAUUUUUUGCCGCCCAAGACGCGUGAAACGUCACGAUUAGAGAGCGAAACUGGUCAGUCUUUAUUUGAAUUUAAAAAACCUAAACCAGUUCAAGGAUUUCUCCAGAAUUUUUUGUCACCAGUUCCUCUAGUCGAUAGAAUAAGAGAAGAAGACAAAUAUGGAAAUAGCGGCGAUAAGUUUAUUGGAAUUGGAAGGGCUCUGAUAAAUGGAUUCGAGGGGUUCAGUAAUUUUCUCAAUGCCGUUGUUGAAAUUCCGGUAGAUGCGGCAAAAAAAACUUCACGAGGAAUUACAGCUGCGCUCAAUCAAAUCGGUGGAAAGCUAGUAGGCCUUGAGUGAAACUGAAGUUAUUUAUUAAUUAUAACUAUCGAUAUAUAUAUUGUGUAAUUUUGUAAAUAUUAUUAUGGGUUGUUGUUAUUAAAAUUUUAUCAUUAAGAAUA